AUGUCGCAAAGACUCGUGUUCGCCUAUGGCGACAAGAGAGUCAUGGCACGAGGGUCCGGCGCGGAUGCCGUGCGAUCGAUCAAGAACUUAGAAGCUUUCUUCCAGGAUGCGGAAGAGAAGCUGGGACUGCCUGAAGGCACGUAUGACUUCUUCGAUGUCUAUGGCAAGAUCUCAACUCCUGCGGACCUGCAGCGGGCACUCUCUACGGCAGGGUCCGGAGAGUGCAUCAUCGAGGUCCGGGAGCACCUGCACUUCGUUCGGAUCCGGGCGCUGGAGGCCGACAACAGUCGUCUGACUGCGCGACUCGACGCGCUGGAGGUGGCGCUGAGAGAAUCCGAAGAGCGGAGCAGCAUGAAGCUGCAGGUGGCAUCAGAGGAGCUUGUCAAGAUGAUCAAGAAGUGCGAGACCACCAUCUACGACGAGGUCGGUCCGGCACUGGAGGCCGUCAUGAACAAGCAGAACGAGAACGAGAAAGACAUCCGCUCUGUGGCCGAGAAGUUGGCGCAGUUUGAUCUGCAGGAGCUGCGGGAACUCAGCGCCAACGCCUUGCAGAUGAGGGACGAGGUCAUGAACUGCAUCAACCGCCUGAAUGUGUUGGACAGCCAAUGGCUGCGAGACAAGGAGGAGCUGCGGGACAUAGUUGAAAGGACCAGCCAGGACUUGAAGGACCUUCAAAAGUACAUCAUGGGCAAGAUCGAUGUUGGCAUCGAGGCGGAUGCCGACCUGCGCCGCGACCAGCAGAUUCUCAACGAGCGCAUGCAGCUCAUCGCGGAUGACCUCCGCCUCCUAAUGGAAGAGCAUCAGCGGCUGGCCAACCGCACACUGGGUGUGGUGGAGGAGAAUGAGGAGAUGCGAACACUCCUCGGGCAGGUGCGGGAAGACAACGAGCACCUGCGGCACGACAAUUUCCAGGUCAGCACGCGAGUUCUCAGCUUGGAGGGUGCGGCCAGCGAAAAGUGGCAAGAGUUCACACCCGCAGUUCUGUACUUCCGCAACUGGCAUCGCACCGCGAAGGGUGAGGAUGUGCAGCUUUCGGCAGAUCUGUCCAUUGCAGUAGGCCGUGGUUUCCUGGCAGCUACCGGCGUCGUGAUUGGAAACACUGAGGGGCUGGCGGUGGGCGAUGGUCCCUGCAGGCAUUUCGGCACUCCGGGAUGCUUCUCAUCUUACUACGAGAUCGAGAUGGAUGAAGUCACCGCCUCACCGGCUGGCGCCGGGGGGCUCUUCGUCGGCGUCUCCUUGCAGAGUGGCGAGGAGAUUGCCAACCAUCCUCGCAAAGAGUUCGAUGGCUGGUUGGUUGGAGGAAGUGGCAAGGCUUUGACGAUUCGGGCCAGCUUUGCAGCUGAGCCAAUCGACGCGGAGAAGUUGCCAGACACUUUUGCCCCAACCUGCGAUGAGCGCAGCCUUCGGGAUGCCAGAAAGGCUUUGAAGCUGCUGCGAGCGGCGAUGCCACCGCUUGCCAAGGGGAAGGUGGAGGAGGUGGAGCUCCGGGACAGCUGGAGCAGCGAGGCUUGUCGCAGGCCUGGUGCGAACCGGGUCACGCUCCUUCCAGGUGCCGCAAGAUACGCCAUCAUUUUUUUUGAUUCUUCGUUUCUUCUUUGCUGUUCGUCUUCGCCGUGCUUCUUCGUCGUUGUUCUCAGACUCCUCUCUGUCUUCGUUCUCUUCGCUUCUCCUCCCAGUCCUGGCCGGCGGCGUUUGUUUGAUGCCGUUGCUGUGGCCCUGCUGGCGGAGGAGGCCAGAGCGGAGGCUCCCGUCUACACUGAGACAGACAACCUGGGUGAGGUUUGGACAACCGCAAGCGUGCUGAAACGUCGCGCCAAAGAAUUGCAGAAGUUGAGCAAGCGGAAGCUCCGGGGAUCGCAAACCCCGCUCCCGCGGGCCUUCGUGACCUAUCUCACCCGAGUGCUGAUCAACUACGACCGUCGAUCGAUUAAGCUGUGGGCGCAGUCGCCUCCGGAGGGCGUUUCCGCGCCAGAGGCAAGACGUGCGCAGUUUGCAGCCCUGGCUGCUGCCGUGGACCUUGGCAUCAUCGGCUCCUACGGCAGCGACGCGCAAGGCCUUGCAAGCCUGGCGAAAGCUCUGCGUGGCCUCUGCAGAGACGACGUGUCGGCCAAGCGGCAGGUCGCCUUUGCCCUGUCCUUGCUCCCGGCCGACUUGCAGCCCGUCGCUGAGAUCGAGAAGCUGGUCAAUGAUGUCACCUGGAGUUUAGACUUUGUGGAUAUCCCCAGCUCGAAUCUGGAUGCUGCAGCGGCAGCCACGGAUGCUGCCCUGCAGCGGCUGCCACAGGAGUCCCUGACACGGCGACUGGCCGAGCUCAUCCCAGACGGCCUGGCGCUGCCGGAGGCCAUGUGGAAUGGCACGCAGAGCUUCUAUCGCCCUUCUGAGCGUGCCCUCCUGGCCGCCGCCGCCCUUUCCUCUUUGCAAGCGAACCUCGAUGGCGGCGAGGGCUUCGGCUUCGGCAGCCUGGCGGGCGCGGAGCUGCCGGCAUCGGAGCGUCCUGCGAGCCUAGACCCUCUCUUCGGACCCUUGGGGAGAUCCCCAGUCGCUCGAGAGCGGGGCUUGGAUGCUUCGCAGUACCUCCGCCUAGCCAUCUCUGGAGCUGUUUGCAGUGCCGUCGUCCGUGCUGUUCUGCAGCCACUGGAGGUCGUGAAAAUAACACAACAGCUCGCAACGCCUGCCGCUGCAGGUAGGAAAGAAGCAGUCGAUGUGGAUGACUUCCAAAGCACGGCGAAGAACCUGCUGGAAGUGGGGGGUCUUGGAGCUCUGUACAAAGGGACGGAUGCCACAGUCCUCGCAACCGGCGUUAUGGGCUUUACAAGCUUUGGGUUAAACGAACUGUUCAGGCGUUCGUUGGAAACGUUGAGUGGCGACACAACCGGUCAACCUGGCGCACUGCUUGUGCUGGGAGCAUCGAUUGCGGCUGUGUUUGUUUCAGGCAUCAUCGCUGCGCCCUUUGAAACUUUGCGUGUGCGAGUGAUGGCCCCGGCAGAGAGCCGCUCAUGGGGAGAGUUGGCCGCCGAAGCCGUGAGCAAAGGCUUCUCUGAGCUUUGGGCGGGCCUUGGGCCGUUUUGGGCAAGGGAGAUUCCCUUCUCCGCAUGCAAGUUUCUCGUCUUUGACCUGGCGUCUCGUGCCCUCUUUAGCUUGUUCCCAGCAGCCGCCGACGCGGCGAGCCUGGAGGUGUCGGCUGUGGCCGGGGCCAUCGCCGGGCUGGCCUCGGCCGUGGUCUCCAAUCCUGCUGAUGUGAUCAUUACGCAGACUGCAAGUGGAGAUGGAGGUGCGGGGCCGACCAAACCCGCAAACUUGUGGAAGGGCCUCGGCGCUCGCAGUGUCUACUUUGCAGCAGCUAUCUGUGCACAGUUUCUCUUGUACGACUCCGUCAAGGCGCUUCGAAUGGGAGAUCGUGUGGGCGUCCUCUUCAGGUGCAAUCGUGAAGGUGGGGCAAUGAUCAGAGUGGCGGUCAACGGCGAAAUUGCUGCGACGCAUCAUUUCUCUCACGCCCCUCCUUCGGAGGCUGUUGGCUUCCUGACGCCCGUGGUGCGCCUGGCCGGCACCGGGAAAGCCGCAAAGCUCAUGCCGGGACUUGCGCCACCGUCAAAAAUGCUGGCGGAUAGUCGCUGA